UUUAUGUAAAAAAAAAAUCAGAAAACAGUGAGGGUCUUUCUUCAUUUUACCAGCGCAUCGAUGAUUUUAACCAAAGAACAUGUUUCGCUGGUAUGGAACCUUGCUUCUUGCAGUUGUGUUCACAGCUCACAGUUGUGAUGGCAACGACUCAAACAGAACUGAAGUUUUAAACAUAGGGGAAACGUUAACGUUAUCAGAAAAGACAAAUUAUGCGUGCUUCAGCGUCAAUACCAGUGGACCAGCUGCGUUACGCAGGACAAUUACAAGCACCAAUGAUGGUGGAUUAUACAGAUGUUUUGAUAUCAAUAAUCAGAAGGAUCCAAUGGAACCUACGGCUCAUUAUGUAAUGGUUUUCAUACGUCAUGAAGUGUCUAGUGUAAUUGCAUCAGGUGAUAUAUGUGCGGAUAACAGCUCUUCAAAUUUAUGGUGCUUAACAAUUGAGGAAGGAACGAGCACAACUCUUUGGUGCAAUGCAACUGAUGGCUACCCAACCCCUAUAGUGAGAUGGUUCAUCCGUGAAUUCAACAAAAUGGGAUAUAAAGACACAGAUCUUGGUAUUGAAGGACAGUUAAUCAUUCAUAACAUUUCUUAUGAAUGCACCUCUCUUCUUGUUUGUAAAGUCGGGAAUUACAUUAAUAAAGAAAAGGAAUCAACGGUGGAAAAGUUGAUAAAGGUUUACGUGGGACGUCAGCCAAAUGCUGCCAUUGAAACUUUGAAAGAUGGAAAACUGCAAAACAGUGGCACCAACAUAUCUAUUUGCCCAAGAGAUGGAAUGGUGUUCAGUUGUAAUGUUAUGAAUACCUCCCCACCCCCUGACGUGGUAAUAAUAUGGAACAUGAGCGAUAUUUACAUCUUAACUUGGAAUUUUACUUUGAAUUCUGGUUGGAAUACUGCUGCAUAUUUUACGUCGGACGUUUCUAUUACUUGCAAAACAAAGUUUGAUAGUAUUAUUCAACAUGAUAAAAACCCCCUUAAUGCGACAAUCGAGUGGAAGAACAUCGAUUUGGAUUGUGUGAGUUAUAUUAAAUGCGAAGCGGCCAACAUGUUUGGGAAAGAUAUCAAAACACUAAAUCUGAUGAAAGGUCAAUGCCAAGACUGACAUGAUUUCCAACUAUGUCAGUGAAAUAGCUUUAGAGAACUACGCCAUAUUUAGAAAACAAUUAGCAAAGAAGAAGAAAACAAAUUAGAGAAAAGAAAGAAAGAAAAGAAAGUAGUAGUUGCUAUUGACUAUACUUACAGAUUGACCGUAUGAUAUUUAUAUCCUUCAACUGUCUACUCUGUCAACUGGUCUAUUGUAUCUUUUUACAUUAAUAUACAAGAAAGAUGCAAAGAUAUAUACUUGUACAAUUUAGAUAGUAAAUAAAAUAGAUGUUACGGAUAAAACAAAUGUUAUUAUUGCAUAACCAAUUUUUGGGACGUUUCAGAUGUCAGUUAAGACAUUGUUACCUUACGCACAUUCACUCAUUGUAUUUUUUUAAUGUAAAUAUGCUUAAAACAAUAUACUUAUUGUUGGUUCAUGUGAUGCUGAAACCUCUGAAUAGUUAGAUGGUGUGAUGUGUACAAGUUUUAUUAUUUAUGCGAGUGUCCCGAGUAAGAUGAAAAUGUCUUUGAAGUAUUAUGUGAAAAACAUGUUUGAUAAAGAAACUUGUUUUAUAUAAAAAAAACAUUUUGGUUACGUUUAUUUGUGUUAACUGCAUAUAAUUUAUAAGAAUUUCAAACAAUUUCUACUGCAUUGAUUAUUCAUUUAAGUACAUGUAAUACUGUUGAAACUGACCAAUCUAAAUUACAUGUAAUUGUUCCCUGAUAACUAAUAAUUCCAAUUCAGUCAUAUUUUUUCGUGUAAAAGCUACGGAAUUUUUAAACAAACAUCUUUUAAAUUAGCGCCUCCUCUCUUUACAAUAAUAUUAGUUUAUGUAUUUUUUGUUGUUUUAUUUUUUUUUGUUUACAGGCUUUUGUAAGGAUUAUUUACCCAUGUUGUUACAUUUUUAGUACCAAUUUUUAAUUUUUUUUUUAGUGUAUAUAUUUUUAUCAUUGACUGGGCUACUUUUUGUCAUCUGAUUUUUGAAGUUUAGCGAAAAUUAAUAAUUAAAUUAUCAUUAUUUAAGCUGCUUGGUUCUAUUUUCUUUUUAUCAAUUUUUGCGCACGUUUUUAAAUGAUAGUUAUGCUAAAUAUGUGUAUCAUGAUAGUCAUUGCAGUAGUAUGACCGGUCAAUUACGCCAUAUUUCAAUGAAAAAAAAAAUGAUGAAAUUUUUUUUCACAAAGCAAAUGACUUUAAAUAGGUAUCGUGUUAUUUUGCAUCAUAUUGGAAUUCGCUCCUGACUUCGAGGAGGGGAUGACUGAAAUACGACUUUGACUUCGCUCUUAAUAAAGGUCAUAAUGUUUUAGCAAAUCAAAAAUAAACCUGUGUACAUUUUGUUCACAAUUAUUUCUGAAGUGUGUGAAAUUUGGUGUAAAUAGGCAAAAGUCUAUAUUUUUAAGAUAUGUGGUUUAAAAGAAAAAUUAUUUGAUACUGUAAAAACCGGAAAAAAUCGGACCAUGAAGCUUUAAUCAAUAUUGAUAUUAUUAUUAUUAUUAUAUCAUACGAAAGUAGUAUUAUUACGAAGCCGUUUAAAAUUUGUAAUAAAUAAUUGUUAUACAUUCUGGAAUUUUCUCUCUAUCUGGCUCAGGGCAAAAAAAGUUAGACAUGUUUACUUUUGUUCUCAGUCUCACAUUUACAAAUAAUACAAAGGAAUAAAUAGCGGGAAAGAAAGACUAAGAUAAAAAAAAUAAGCUAGUCUAAGUUAAAAGCCCCAGACCCUGAAUUUUCCUUAAAUCAUUAUGUGAAAAACCAGCUUCUAAAUGCCAGAAUAUGUUUUGAUGCAUUGUUGCAUUUGAUUCAAUAUCCACAUUUCUCAGUAUCCUUUGUGAUAUUACAUUACAAACUUCAUAAAACUAGAUCUUAAGUCUAGAAGCGAUUUCAAUUCUUAAUUUAUAAUGGCCUGUUUUGUUACUUUUUAUGAUGAUCUAACAUGAGGGUCUGGGACACUUAUCUUAAUUUUGUAACGCACUUUCUAAGAAUUAGUUGUUAGAAGGAAUCAAAUUCCUAAACGAAGUCUCUUUGUGUUUAUUCUGUAUAUACAAUAAAAUAUGUUCAACAUGUGUUUUUUUUUUAAUCU